AUGUCAAGGGCUCUCGACCCCAAAAUUAAAGAAGCUUUGGUGGCUGCAGUUCACACUCCUGUCUAUCAAUCUGUAGCAGAUGUACUAUCCACGCGCGACGAGCAGUUACUGGAUAUUGAAGUGCUCGGCCCUGGUCAUGUUCUAGCAUCUGGGACAUAUGCUCUACACGAGGGGAAUGCCAUAGCAAUUCCCAAGUUCAACAUUUUACGAGCCUUUUUACCGGCAUAUGAAAUAUUCAAAAGCCAUCUCCGUGGUCAGUAUGUCGCGCCGGAGGAGCUCCUACGAGCGACAUCAGUCAUUCUACUCCUGGACCCCGAGCACAUGACAGCUGCCAAUGCUCGAAAACGACACAUACGGCACAUAAAAGAGCAAAGCCCAACGCAACUACAUGUGGCCACGGACGCCGAGUUCUACCUCAUAGACAGCCUUCUCACCAGCCGCCUACAUCGCCACACAAAGUCACCGACGCUCUGGGGCCACAGGCAAUGGCUGCUUGAGCUGAGCAUCAACACGCAGAGGCCGGUAGGCAGCCUUACCACCGCCCUGGAGAAGCUCAUCUUCGUCUCCGCGGAGAGGCACCCGCGCAACUACUACGCGUGGUGCCACGCGCGCUACCUACUCGACCUCCACCACCACCACCGACGAUCCGGCACCCCCGCCGUCGCGCAGAAGCAUGAGGAGGAGCCGCAGCAAGGCCCGGCCGCCGCGCUGCUGGAGACGGUGACGGGCAUGGUCAAGAGGUGGUGCUUCCGCCACCCCGACGACACGUCCGGCUGGUCGUUCCUCGCGGUGCUCGUCGAGCGCCAAGCCGCGGCCGCGCCCACGCUAUUCGCCGAGACGCUGCGCCUCGUCGAAGACCUGUCGUGGAGGGGCGAGGCGGCGUGGUGCUUCCUGCGCGGCAUGGUGAUGCAUCGGGGCCGGCUGCGGGCCGGUCAGCUGGAAGAGUUCACGCACGUGCUCGAGCUCGUGCAUCGCGGGGGGAGGAGGGAGACGGCGACGGAGGAGCUGGACAGGCAGGUCCUGGCCAACACGCUCAAGUGGACGGAGCUGUACGCCGAGUCGGACUGCUGA